CCGAGGAAAUCCGGCAGGGGGGGAAGAGAGCGGGCGAGUUCGUCCGCGCGCGCGAUGGGGCUGCUCAGCAUCCUGAAGAAGAUGCGGCAGAAGGAGCGCGAGCUGCGGCUGCUCAUGCUGGGCCUGGACAACGCCGGCAAAACCACGAUCCUGAAGAAGUUCAACGGGGACGAGAUCGACACUAUUUCGCCCACGCUGGGUUUCAACAUCAAGACGCUGGAGCAUCGCGGGUUCAAGCUGAACAUCUGGGACGUGGGGGGCCAGAAGUCCCUGCGCUCGUACUGGCGCAACUACUUCGAGAGCACCGACGGGCUCAUCUGGGUGGUGGACAGCGCCGACCACCAGCGGUUGGAAGACUGCAAGCAGGAGCUGCAGAGCCUUCUGGUGGAGGAGCGCUUGGCCGGGGCCACUUUGCUUAUCUUUGCCAACAAGCAGGACCUGCCGGGCGCCCUGAGCUCCAGCGCCAUCCAGGAGGCUUUGGACCUGGACAGCAUUCAGAGCCACCACUGGUGCAUCCAAGGCUGCAGCGCUUACACCGGAGAGAACCUGCUGGCGGGCGUGGACUGGCUGCUGGACGACAUCUCCAGCCGGAUAUUCACGGCGGACUGAGCGGGCGGAGGGGAAGCGUGCCCCCUCUUCCUCCUGUCCCCCCAACGCCCCCUGUGUGGCUGGUAACUUGGACUGUUUGUUCCCCCAGGUGGCUUCGGGCCUGGUUUUCGUCCUGGAACGGAGCAUGGCCCUCCUUUCAGAAUCCACGCUGCUUCACGGGCUCCACUGCUCCUGCUAAAGGGUGGUCCUUGGGUCCCGGCCGUGCUACGGAGGACCAGCGAGCAGGGAAUUGGGGUCUUCUCACCCCCAGUCCUCUGCAGCGAGUUGGAUUAAAAGCAUACUAAUAAUAAAGCUAUCCGCUGUGUUUCAAA